AUGGUACAACUUAAACAGCUGACAAUCUUUUUGAUUUUCAUGGGUUUUGCAUCAAUACUAUUUAUAUUUCUAUCAGAGAUUUUCCAUCUACAAAGAAUUAGCCAACGUUUUGUUUCAAUUAAAGCAGAAACUGAAUCUACUAGAUAUUGGAAGAGUAAAGUAUUGCCAAUGCUAUAUGAAAACAUAAUUUUAUCUAUCGGGCUCCUUAUAUCCAUUUACUAUAUACGUCCAAUAUGGAAAUCAAUCAGAAAUCAAUACUUAUUUUCAUACGUUUUCCUUAACAUUCAUCAACUUGCAAUAAAACUUCCUGCAAUUCUAUACCAGCAUUACUUUGUAGAUGUUUCUUUCGGCGUUUACACUGCAUCUUCAGGGAAAUUUUUCAUCGACUUAAUUCUCCAUUACAUUAUUAAUAAUUUAUUGUUCACAGCAUUUGUAAUACCUACAAUACUUAUUGGAAAUCGUUUAGCACCUCCAACUACUCAAAAAAUCAUGAUUGAAGAUAAUCAAGAUCAGAUUGCAGAUUCUGAUCCAAAACUAGAAAAUCUUGCAGAUGUAGACCUCCAGGAAUUAGAAGAAAUCGAACCAGAUCCAGAAGAACAUGUUGAAUCUUCCCAAACAGCAUUUCGGACUUCUCCUCUCUGGAUCUACCUUGGUGGAAUACUUAUUUCCCUAUACAUAUUAUCAUAUAUCCUAUAUCCUACCUAUUACAAGCUUUUCCACACAAUAUACAAACCAACUCCUUAUAUUGACCAAAAAUCGCUUGGAAAUCAAUUCCAAAACUUCACAUUCCCCAUGAAAGAUAAGAGAAAUGAAUCAAUUUACAUAAUUCCUAACGAUAUUGAUAAUUUUUAUCGAUUAGAGCUAAUGGGGACAAUAUUCCCAAAGAAAGUCAUUUCCUCUAAUAUACUAUCCAAGUCAGUACCAGAAGAGCUCCGUGCAGGAGCCGUUUACCUAGAUUCUUUAAUUGAUAACCAAGCGAACCUCGUUGGAUUCUUUAUUGGUCUUCUCCGGCCUCUCCUGUUCAUCAUCAUCUUCAAGGUGGUCGAUGCGGCCGGAAUCAAAGAAUUUCACAUCCGACCCGGAAAAACCGUUCCCUGUGUUUUACUUGUUUCCUUCGCUUUCUACAACACGGUCAUGAUUUACGCUGAACCGCUAAUAGCAUCCGUGCCCAGGUACUUCCAGAAAAUUGCAGAUUGCACAUCUGUAAGAAGCGGGUACCCAAUGAACGUCAUUAUAUCGAGGAUAGACCGUGCAAACUUCGCUACUGUUACUCACCACCCUAUUUUCUCGCUUGUUUUCGUUAAAACAGCGUCUCCUGAAGAAAGAUUUGCUAAUAUAGAUGUAUGUUUGAAAUCUGGCAAACCAAAGUUAAUGUAA